UCACUCCGAAAGAUCAAACGCCCCACCCGAAAAAGCUUUCGUAAAUCGAGAGAGAGAAAAAAAGAAUCGCGCACCGGAAAGGCGAGAGGAGGGAGGAAGGCUGCAAGCCCUAGCGCCAGGGCGAAGCAACCGGAUGUCCGGGCGCGCGCGCGCGUGGGUGCAUUGCGCGAUCCCUUCACGCUGCGGCAAGCCAGAGGCGACCGGGCCGCCGCGCGCGCGUCUUCACCUUCUUCCCGGGCGCCGAUCCAUGGCGGAGCGGCGGUGGUAGAAGGGUUUCGCGAGCGGGCGUGGAUCCGGGGGCGGGGGCGGCGGUGGCAUGGCGCUCUUCCGCAAGUUCUUCUACCGGAAGCCGCCCGAUGGCCUCCUGGAGAUCACCGAGCGCGUCUACGUAUUUGAUUCUUGCUUCACUACGGAUGUCUUUAACGAUGAUAAGUACCAAGACUACAUUGGGGACAUUGUCGCUCAACUUCAAUGCCACUUUGCUGAUGCCUCAUUUAUGGUGUUCAACUUUCGAGAGGGAGAAAGUCAAAGUUUGCUGGCAAAUAUCUUAUCGAGCUAUGAGAUGGUAGUGAUGGAUUAUCCAAGACAAUAUGAGGGAUGUCCACUUGUUACCAUUGAGAUGAUUCACCAUUUCUUGAGGUCAGGGGAGAGCUGGCUGUCUUUGAGCCAGCAGAAUGUGUUGAUAAUGCACUGUGAGCGAGGUGGCUGGGCUGUACUUGCAUUCAUGUUGGCAGGGCUACUGUUGUAUAGAAAACAGUACAUUGGUGAACAGAGGACACUGGAGAUGAUCUACAGGCAAGCACCUCGUGAGCUGAUUCAGUUGCUCUCACCACUAAAUCCUAUACCCUCUCAGAUACGAUACUUACAUUAUAUAUCUCGGAGGAAUGUGAGCGCAGUGUGGCCACCAGGUGAUCGGGCACUUACCUUGGAUUGUGUAAUACUAAGAAAUAUUCCAGGUUUCAAUGGGGAGGGUGGAUGUAGACCGAUAUUCCGUAUUUACGGAAAAGAUCCUCUACUUGCUACAAGUAACACCCCCAAGGUGCUUUUCUCAACACCAAAGAGGAGCAAAUAUGUUCGGCUUUACAAGAAGGUAGACUGCGAAUUAAUUAAAAUUGACAUUCACUGCCAUAUUCAAGGUGAUGUUGUCCUUGAAUGCAUUAGCCUUGAUGCGGAUCAACAACGGGAAGAGAUGAUAUUCAGGGUCAUGUUCAAUACAGCAUUUAUUAGAUCUAACAUUCUGAUGCUAAAUCGUGAUGAAAUUGACAUAUUAUGGGAUGCGAAAGACCGAUUCCCGAAAGAAUUCAGAGCUGAGGUUCUUUUUUCAGAAAUGGACUCUGUAAAUCAGUUAGAUUCCAUGGAGGUGGGUGGUAUAGGAGAGAAGGAGGGCCUCCCAGUCGAAGCAUUUGCAAAGGUUCAAGAGAUGUUCAGCAAUGUCGACUGGUUAGAUCCGACAGCGGAUGCUGCAGCCCUACUUUUUCAGCAGCUUACUUCAUCAGAAAACAUUCAGCUGAGAAAGGGUUUGUUGUCUCCAAAUAAGAAAGACUUCCAUCUUAGCUCAAUUUCUCCAACCAAGAAACAGUCUGACAAUGUUGAAGAUAAAUUAAGCAAUGCUGAACUCUCAACCAUCUAUGUGCACAAACAAGAAAAUAAUGACGUUCAGGGGUUGAUCCCACAGAAACAAGCCACCAUUCCUGAUGAAAAAUCAGGGUCGUCUGUCAUCCAUGAGAAGAUGAUUUCUCUAGUUCAUGAGGAGAUAACACAGGUAGUUGACAUCAAUACUGGUUGCCUAUCUUCAUUGGAUAUGACAGUUCCUUCCACCAUGAACUCUAGCAGACCAGUUCUAAUCGACCAAAAUUCUAAGCUUGAUGAUCAGUUUGGUUCACUACAGAGCUCUUCACCCACAAUGAUUAUGUCGCAGCAGUUUCCAGUUUCUAGGUCAAGUUCUGUCCUUUCCAGUGACUUUAGUCCUAGAUUACUUUCAGCCUGCCCAAGAUUUCACAGUGCACCUUCUGCCCUUGGAAUUACGGCUCUGUUGGAAGACCAUGCUGCAUUUGGAGACACUAAGAAUUCUGUCAAAGUUUCAAGUGCCGUGGUCAAAAUUCCAUCAAAACAGUCAUCACAACAGCAUCCAAUAACAGUUACUCCUGUUGUAACGAAGUGUACACCAUCACCACCACCACUGCUUCCUCCACUGGCUCCGGUGGUGCCAGUACCAUCUGAUGAUCAAAUGAUAUCCCAGGAAAAAGACAUGUCUCAACAGGCUCAAAAGCAUCCAGACCUUUCAUCAUUUCCAUCCCUAUCUCCUACUCAACAAAAACAAUCCACAUCAAAAUUAUGUCAAACUAUUCUGCCCACAAAUCAUCAACUGUCCUCAAGUAACAUUACGAAAGAGCCACUACAAAUUUCUCCUGCUCCCACUCCACCUCCAUUGCCUACUCCAUCAACUUCCAGUUCUAGUAGUUGUCAUUGUCUCCCUCCAGAUUCCAUGCUUUCCACCACAACAGCUUUGUUCAGACCUCCAGCACCGCCGCCACCACCACUUCAAUCUCCAUCCACUCCUAGAUGCUCUCCUGUUAGAACUCUUGCAUCACCUCCACCUCCUCCUGCCCCUACUUCAUCGCCUGUUAGAAUGUCAGGGCCUCCUCCCCCACCUCCUCCACCUGCACCAAACUCGUGUCCCAGUAGACCUGCACCACCUCCACCUCCACCUCCACCACUUGCUUCAACUUCAUCUCCUCCCCGACCUGCCGCACCAUCACCGUGUCAACUACAUACUUCAACUUCAUCUCCUGCACGACCAGUUCCACCACCUCCACCAACAUUAUCUACAAUUAGAUCUUCAGCGCCAACACCACCUCUACUGCCUGGAGCUACUUCUGCACCAUCCCCACCACCACCACCACCCCCCUGUAGUUCAUCAAAUCAACUGUCUGCUCCGCCACCGCCUCCUCCAAGCUUCUCAAAGAACAAUGGCAGUAUUGCGCCUCCGCCAGCACCUCCUGGUGGUAAUGCUAAAUUGCCUGGUAUGAGGGGGCGUGGACCUGCACCUCCUUCAGGUCCAAUGUCUAGGAGCCUUCAAUCUGGUCAGGCUGCAUCCAGAAGGUCCAACUUGAAGCCCCUACACUGGGUUAAAGUAACAAGAGCAAUGCAGGGAAGUCUCUGGGAGGAGUCACAGAAAACUGACGAAGCUUCAAAACCUCCAGUGUUUGACAUGUCAGAACUAGAACAUCUUUUCUCAGCUGUCCUGCCAAGUUCAGAUGGGAAGCGUUCAGAUAAGUCAGGAAGUCGUGCAUCUGGAUCAAAACCAGAAAAGAUUCACCUUAUUGACCUUCGCCGAGCUAAUAAUUGCGGAAUCAUGCUAACAAAAGUCAAAAUGCCCUUGCCUGACCUAAUGAGCGCAAUUCUUACUUUGGAUGAUACUAUCCUAGAUGCUGAUCAGGUGGAAAACCUUAUUAAGUUCACUCCAACUAAAGAGGAAGCAGAACUUCUGAAGGGUUACAAAGGAGAUAAGCAAGUACUUGGAGAAUGUGAGCAGUUCUUCAUGGAGCUUAUGAAAUUACCCCGUGUGGAUUCUAAGCUGAGAGUUUUCUUAUUUAAGAUUCAAUUCCCUUCUCAGGUUUCUGACCUUAAGAGGAGCCUGAACAUUGUCAACUCUUCCGCGGAAGAGAUAAGGGGUUCAGCUAAGCUGAAAAGGAUUAUGCAGACAAUUCUUUCACUGGGAAAUGCGUUAAACCAAGGAACUGCUAGAGGUUCUGCUGUUGGGUUCAGGUUGGAUAGCUUACUCAAACUAAGUGACACUCGUGCACGUAACAAUAAGAUGACUUUAAUGCAUUAUUUAUCCAAGGUGCUUUCUGAGAAACUUCCAGAACUUCUUGAUUUUCCUAAAGAUCUCGCUAGCUUGGAGUUGGCAGCAAAGGUACAAUUGAAGUCAUUAGCAGAGGAAAUGCAGGCCAUAAACAAAGGACUCGAAAAAGUCGAGCAAGAACUAACUACAUCAGAAAAUGAUGGCCCUGUGUCAGAGAUAUUCCGCAAGACACUGAAGGAUUUUCUAAGUGGUGCUGAAGCUGAAGUUAGAUCCUUGACCUCACUAUAUUCUAAUGUGGGAAGAAAUGCUGAUGCAUUAGCACUUUAUUUUGGAGAAGACCCAGCACGUUGUCCAUUUGAGCAAGUGGUCAUUACACUCCAAAACUUUGUGAGAUUGUUCGUACGUUCCCAUGAUGAGAACUGCAAACAAUUGGAUCUAGAAAAGAAGAAAGCACUGAAGGAAGCAGAAGCAGAGAAAACCAAGAAGGAGCCAGAAAACGCACAGAAAACUAAGGAACCAGGAAAUGACAAAGCUAAGCACAACAAUUCAAUCAAAGAGUUGGAUAUCUCACUCCAAUCACCAGCGCAAACUGCCAGUGCCAAAUGAUAUAACUUCUCUUGACAGAUGAGCCAAACAACACUAGCUUUGCCAAUAAAGGAAACCUGUUCAUGGUGCCUGCUCCUAUCAGUCACCCUCUCUAGCUGAUGUCAGCUGGAUAUGUUGCGCUGGAUGAUGGAUUGAAGUGAACCAGCUGUGGCAAGAAAGUCGCAAAGUGAAUGGCCCAUUCAGCAUUCUGUCCUCUGCAGUUAUUCAUCUAACAGAGCGAUUGAUACUUAAGAAAUGUUCCUGGAGACAAGCUGUACAGUUCUAACAAAAUAAUAGAAAUGAUCAGAAGCACAUUUACAAUUUUGUUUAUUUGUUCCAAUCAUAUGUAGGUAAUGUUCGUUCUAACAGAAGAAUAAAAUUUAUCAGUAGAAUCGUGUUUAGGGGGACUAGCCUGUAGGUUUUGUUGUAAAAGGAAAAAACAAAUAAUGGCUGAUUGUAUUGUAUUUCUUGUCUCAUCGCCGAUUCUCUGAAAUGUUGCUUGCCCUAGCAGUACUUGGUAAUGCUGAAACCCAACGCUGUAUGGAAAGAUGAUAUGGAUGCAGAGAUUUCAAAGAGUUAAAGACCUGAGGCUUUGUUUGGUCUAGUACCAUACCAAAAGGUUGAUAGUGCCAAAACCUGGGCAUGUUUUAGCAUUACCUAUUUUUUUAAGAGUAAAGUAGUAUUUGGUUUGAUGCCAAUUAGAAGCUAAAACUUUGAUUAGAAUAUAUAAAGCAUCAAAUUGGAUAUUGGCAAUACCACCAUGUCUACUAUUCAAGCUACAUUUAUUGGUUGGGGACGUUUCGGCUUCAAUCCAAAACAUGGAGGGUUCUGGUAGUUGUUUUGUUAGGAUUGACCUAAUAUGCUAGUUGUAUGAUUGUAUGAUUAUAUAUUCUACUCCUAUAAACUGUUACAUGAACAUUUCUAAGACCAUUAAGUUUUAACUGUAAGGUUGAUCCACAAACACAAAUAAGCUUUGUUUGUUUCAUUGCAACUAAUUCUAGUAUACGUACUUUUGAAGGGUGUGUAUACGCUGGUUAGUUUCCUUCUUUACCUUUUAUACAGUUUGCAGGGCAAUUUGCAGCCUCCUAACGCGCGUUCAAGUAAUCCUUGAUUUUACUAAAUUUCUAUUAAAAUAAAAAGGGACCCGCUUAUAUAAGAACUAUGGGCAAUAAGAUUUUUAACAUAAUAAAAUAGGGUAAUACGUUUACAGUUUCACCACUAUACAGCUUCCACCUUUCUAUUUAUGAUAUCAUAGCUAUUGUUUCUAGCUUAUUAUUAUUACACAGAAGUAGGGGUGGGCUAAAAAUCCUAGAGAUCAAACUGAACCGAGCCUGGAGGGCAUCGACAGCCAUGCGCGAAUGCGGUGGCUGCACAGGGCCCUUGAUUUUUGGAGGCCCCCACCUCCGAGUGGGCAACAUGCCUGGCCUGCUAUGGUGCUACCGAGCGAGCGAAAGGGCGGCACCGCUCAUCGGGCAUGCCACAGCGGUGCAACCGCAGCGGCGAGCGACAGUGAGGCAAGCCUGCCGGCUGGGUGCUGGCCGUGGCUGGCUCUGCGGCCUCAGCCUCUUCAUCAUCUCUUCGCCGUCGACUCCUCCAUCUUGUCUGGUAAUAUCUUAUCGUCUUUGGCAUGGUCAUCUACUCAUAGCAUUUUCUUUUCAUUUCUUUUGUGAAGCCGUGUGUUUUCUCUGGUUGCAGUUGCAUAUAGUACGUGCCUGUCAAUCCAUUCGACCAAGUUGAUAUACGCUCCUUUGCAAUUAUUUACUGCGUACUACUUUUCUCACGUUGGUCAUCGAUUGGGCUGGAUAUAUAUUCGGUAUAUGAUAAUUUGAAUCAAAUUCGCAAUUACCAAUUUACCAUGAUUGUAGUUUUCAAAAUUAAAUUACAGUAUUUUGAAUGAUAGAUUAGAUUGAUCAUUGAACAUGACUGUCUUUUCUUUUGUUUACAAAAUAGGAAGACAUUUAUUUCCUCGACCCUCAGCAUGUCUUAUAGAAAUAAGAAGUAUAAUUCGGGUGCUGAAAAUGAUGUCUUGGACAAUAUUAAUUAUGAGGAUAUAAUUUAAGAUUUCAUCCAAUAAAACGCCAGAUGCUUUUCAGUAGAACAUGAUAUCAAUACUACCUUUUCUCUUUUAGCACUAAUAUUUGACAUAAAGUAUGCUUAAUUGUUUACACUAGCAUUAUUUUUUUAGAAUUUAGGGUCCAAUUUGCAUUUCGUUCUAGGGCUCCAAAUUCUUGGAGAUGCCCUGCCGAGCAAAUUCCGGUUUUUGGUUUGUAAGGCUAUAUGGUAGAUGUUAGGUUGGUUUCUUGAGGAUAUUUCAGGCUAGUUUGAUUGGAAAAUGUUGGUUCACGGGCGCCCGACGCGCGUGGCUAUCCAUCAGGCUGUGGCGCAGCCGUUGGAUGUCAUCCAACGCAUCGUACGGCUUUAAUCGCUCCCACGCCCGUGUCCUGUUGCAACCACCAGCCGGAAAUCACGGGAUUCCCGUUAUAGGGGAGGAGGAGAUCCGUUUCUUUUUUUUUUUCCAGUGGUUUGGACGUAAUGGAGCUUGGCGACCCCGUGAGCGACGGGUGAGAUCCGGCGGCGGUUUUUGGGCGAGGCGGCGCCAGCAACAGCCCUCUCUUCUCCGGCGCCGGCGUUGUUUCUCCCCCCGUGCUCGCUUUCCAUACAUUGCCGCCGUUGACGGGGGAGUAGCUAUGCCUAGUUUCGCCGGCGAAAACUAGGGUUUGGAGGAGCGCGAGGCUACAUCCCCUCCUCAUUUCUCAGGCUACUAGACCCAUCCUUGAAGAUUGUAGGCUUCCAUGUUUCACUUAAGUACUUCUGAGCUGCAAUGAAACCAAGGGGAGAAAUGAGCAAUGAAGUACUGGCUUGUUGGAUAGAAAUGUUUAAUGAAGAGUGUAGAGAAGAUAGCAAAAUGCAAUCAAACAUAAAAAAAUAUUUUUUAUAUGUCUUCUCUCCAAUCAUAUCGGUAUUUUUUUAA